AAACUGUUAUAACUCUGCGUUUAAAAAAAUCCUAGAAAAUUAUUUCGCUUAGCUGCAGCAUUGCAAAGAGAAAAUAGAAGAAGAGAAUCGAUCAUCGCGUAUACGCCCUUAUGCAUGCUCACUGUCGAAAUACAUUUGGAUUUGGAACUACAAAACGAUGGCUAGCUCCUCUAGCAUCACAUUAGCUACAAUGUCUCCGGAGGGGGCAUUAAAAUUGUUUGAAAAUGGUGCUGUACUCAUCAUUGCUGGCGUUCCGCCGGGGACCGAGUUCGGAAUCGAUCAAUCGUCUUUCCUUGUUGGAGAAGAUUUCCGAGGCGUCAAAAUGAUUCCAGAAGGAGUACAUUUCGUAUACUGUGCCUCACAAGGACCGUACGGUGAUGCUGCACCUCGUGUGGGAUUUGUUCACUUUUUUAAGCGUGGUGAAAUAGUGGUCCGAGAGUGGGAUAAUGAUAAAGAAGAACUGAAGCUCAGAAUUCAUGACGAUGUUGUUGGCGAAGUUGGUAGGAUUAGGGAGAAUCUUAAAAAUCUCGAUAGGUUUCUGGCACCUUUCGAUUACGAUGGACUUGGAAAGUGGAAAAAACUAACAGGAAAUAUCACAGCAGAAACUGUCCGAAGACUCGCACCUGACUGCGGAGUGGUUCGUAAUACAGUAGAACUGCUAUCAUGUAGCGACAAAGACCGUCCUAGAGGCGAUUCAACAUUGUCGGCAAACUCCACGAGACUUGCCAAAAUACGAUCGUUUAUGAAUGAAGAGGAAUUGCUUCCAAACCUCAAAUCUAUUCCGGGUACUGCGCCAAGAUUUACAACACUUCCUCUACGCUGUCCGAAAGAUGCAACCCCUGCAGAAGUAUCUCAACACCACAUGGAUUCGAUAGCUGCAGUAGAGCAAUUGCUUCAAAACAGUGAGGCAGCUAUAUUCGAAGAGAUUCAGUUUUCAUUCAUUCUGUUCUUAUGCGGACAUUCCAUCGAGUCCCUAAAUCAUUGGAGGAAAAUGUUGUUGCUUCUUAGUAACUCGGAGAAAGCUGUUGAAAAAUACCGGAAUUUCUACAGAAAUUAUCUUACCGUUCUUCAGUUCCAACUACCCGAACUACCAGUGGAGUUGAUGGAGCAAACGGAAUCAAACACGGUUUAUUUGGAUGUAAGGAGUCUGCUUCUCAAUAGUUAUCAGGUCGGGAUUACAUCGGUGGCGCAGUCUUUGGAGAAGAGUGUGAGAGGAACGUUGCUGUGGAAGUUUGAGGGUUUAUUUGACGAAGACCCCGAGGAUAUGCCUACCGUAGUAGAGUUGUGAAUAUAGGGAUACUU